UUGAAAUAAAAAAGCAACAUGGAGCAGACUGAACGUGUCAUUUUAGAAGAAUUCUUCAAGUAAAAAACUGUCUAUGCCUGCAUUUACAAACCAGAGACCAAAGAAGGAGCCAAAAGAAACUCACAAACUAAGAUGUUGCAUUAUUACGUUUUAUUUUUGCUGUUCUCAAUAGGUAGGUAAAGUUCACUGACUGAUCAGGUGACCCAGCUACUUAACCAACAGUGAGAACUGAAAAAGUUUUAACGGUCGUUAGAUUUUUGUUUUGAAAGAAAGGAAUUGUUUAUUGUCAAAACCCUGAAUAUGUACAUCUGCGUAGAAUUCGUCUCAAUUGCGUAGUUUGCAAGUUGUUUAUUUCUAAAAUGAUAUGCUUAUACCAUACCGGUACUGACGGCACCGAACUGCUGGGUCAAAAAAUCUACUACUUUCACAUUAACCUAGCCUCCCCGCAGACGUCCUUUGGGGUUCGUUGGGGAGAAAUGAAUGCGUGACAAACAAACCCCAAAGGACGUCUGCGGGGAGGCUAACAUUAACCAUAAUACACCUUGUUUACCCCAAAAAAUUUUGCGUAAGUAUUGUUUUCAAGUUCUCUUGGGAGGAUUGUAAAUCCCAAGAGUAAUUAUUGGAAACAAUGCUUAUGCAAGUGUGAUGUGGAAAUGUAAAAGUAGCAAAUGCAGCUGAUCUACAUUUACAGCUGUUGCUUUCAUAAAAAAAAGUGGCAUGAUUAAGUUAUCCACGUUAUUCGGGAACUGAUGUAUGAAUGGCUGUUUUCAUUCUAUCAUCACAUGUAAAUCCAGUGUAAAUCCUUUUCCCAGGGGCCCCACUCACAUAUUUUAAUGACAGGGGGGUCCGAAGGAUUUUUUUGGGUCUGACAUUUCGGCCGAAAGGGAUUUUUUUGGGUCUAUGAACGACGCCGGGAUUUUUUUGGGUCGCGAAAACAACGCAGGGAUUUUUUGGGGUAUUAUAUUUUUCAUCAGCUCAAAUCAACAAUAACAUAAGCGCAAUUUGUAGUUUUGUUUUUGACCAAAACCAAAGUUGAAGUUGGCAUGUUUUAGCUUUCCAGAAGAUAAAUAAUAAAAUUUGCUGAUGCAAAAACACUGAAGGAUUUUUUUGGGUAUGCUAAAAAAAGUAGGGAUUUUUUUGGAUAGACAAAUUCUGAAGUUGGGAUUUUUUUGGGUAUAAAAUAUGAACCAAAGUCGGACCCCCCCGUCAUUAAAAAAUGUGAGUGGGGCCCCUGGGAUCCUUUUAUAGAAAUGGAUGUUGUCAUCAGUUCACAACUUUUGUGAAUUUGUUAUUAGAAGUACAGGUACUAAAACAAGCAUAUACGUACAGUAGAUAGAUUGAUUGAUUGAAUGAAAAGAAAAAAACAAGCUGAGAUGAGAAAUUUGCUCAAAAGAUAAAACGAUCUCAAAAAGCAUCUACUUACACUAGCCUGAAUUGUGUCUCCAUUUUUCAGUUCUAUUCAUAAAUCUUCACUUCUUCUAAACUGCUAGGAAAAAACUGAAUUUUAAAUCUCGUGCUCACUGCACUUUUAAGCCUACCCUUCAGGGAAUUUAGGGGACACGUUAACAUGCGUAACCGAUUUAAUUAAUAACAAUGAACAACAAGAUCUUAUUAUCUUUUGAUAUUAGGUUUUGGGGAUCCACAACCAGGCCUCAUCCUUGUUGACUCUGAUGACAAUGCCAAGGGAAGUGAUGUUAAUGUGGAAGUAACCAAAAAUGCUGAAUCAUCAAUUGAUGAUGAAGAUCUUGAGGUGUUCCAACCAACAGCUGAAUGGCAAACAAUCCAACCAGGUCAAGGAAUCCCCCCUGGACUCCAUGUGCGCAUGAACUUACAGACAGGACAGAAAGAAGCUAAGCUCAUGGAUGGAGAUGAUGGUAGUAAAUAUCAGAGUAACAAGGACUCCAAACAAAAGUUUAUCACAAUUGACAAGAAUGUCAUUUCAAAGCAACAUCUUAAGGAAGCUUUAAAGGAUUUCCGGGACAAAUUUCACGACGAAAGUCCUGGUGGAGAAAGCUCCGAUCAACUUAAUAGACAUAUGGAUGCAAGUAGGUUUAUCGCUUGAUGUUACUGUUAAUUUGUGUAAUUGUGGCCUCUGUACUUUUAGAAAAGGAAUUUAGAUUUGGAAAAUCCAGAUUUGGAUUACCCUGUCUCCAACAAACAAAGUUAAAGACCCUCUGUUCUUGUCUGAAUUUCCUUAAAACAUAAGCUAAAAUUAAUAAAUUUCGGUAACAAAUAAAAGCAUUUCAAGAAACAAAUGAAAAACAAUGAUAAUUGACUGCUGAAUAAGUCGUUCAUGUUGUUUAUUCAAGCUUAAAGAAUUAUUAUUGACAACAAACUUUUGAAAGUAGAAAAUUAACAGAGCCAAAUUCAAUGAAAGUGAUAGAACCGAACUCAGACAGCAAAAAUGGAAAACAGAGUCACAAGCAGAGCAAAAAUAUCGAAUAAACGGCAUGAAGGCAAGAUUUUAGUACUUACAGUGUAGGAGCAAGGUCACAAGCCUCCUGUUUUGCAUUGCUUUAGCAGUUUUCCCAGCUCAGUGAUUUGCUUGAUUCUCCCCCUUCAGAUAUUUUUCGGAAUAAUAAAAUUCAUUUUAUCUUUGCUGGUAAAAUAGGAGCAGGUCAUGUUUUAAAGGAAAAAAUGUAUGCAAUCACAGCUUUUGCUCAUUCAAUAAAAACAAAUAAACAAGUGAAAGAAGCCAUUACUGUGACUGUGGGACGAGAUAGGAAAAUCUAGACUGCACAAAGAGCCAAUCAGAUUGCAGAAUUUGUUGCUGUACCUCUUGAAAAAAAAUUAACAUUAUUCAAUCAUACUUCUGUUCUUGCUUCAUAGAAAAGAAUUUCAGAUCUAUUGAAGAUAUACGAAAGGAGUUAGAAGGAGCAGACAUAUUUGUCAAAAAAGACAUUGAGAUAAUCAAAAAACAUGUUGAGACACUAAACAGCACAAGUUCCAGUCUGCCUGAAAAAGAGCAUGCCUUGGAUGAACUUGAAUUUUAUGUGCAUCAGAUUGACAAUGCAAUAGAUUUGGACACAAUUGGUGGACUUACUCUGGUGAUAAAACUUAUGAAUUCUACAGACCCAAGUUUGGUAACACGGGCAACUUAUGUACUGGGAUCAGCAACACAAAGGUGACUUAUCCACUUACAACAAUGUCGUUAUUUUUAGUCAUAAAUGUCAUGGUAGGUCCAUGUAACAGGGUGAAACAACAACUUUUGACUUUUGGUGCUGUUUGCUCCAUGCUUUCCUGGCAUGGAGGAAGAAUGGCCACAUAUAAUAUUAUUUUAUAAAGCCCAACACAUCCUGCUUUAGGAUCACUUGUACCAUUAAUGAUCAAUUAAGCAUUUAUUUCAUUAUCCCUGUUAAAGUUGAGGCGGUUAAAUACGAAAGCGGCGCUUAUUUGAGGGCGGCGCUUAUUUCAACUACAGGUAAAACACUGAGAGGAAUAUAGAGAGAAUUAAGUGAGGCGUUUACUAGGUAUGCACAAUUUAAUAUAAAAUACGUACAUCUCAAACUGUUAUAUGACUGAAUUCAACCCAGUUUUAAGAGUUUCCUACUUUAGAAAUCACAAGUUGGUCGAGGUCUUAUUUCUUGAGCGAUAUGGUUUUGAUAUCUCUUUAUAUCAAGCGCCAUAACAAAGGUGGGGUGUUAAUUUGUAAAUACCCAACUUAGCGCCGCGUCGCUUAUGUGAGAGCAGCACUUAUUAAAUUAUUGUCGGUAAAGGUGCAAUGCUUAUUCGAGAGUGGCGCUUAUUUGAGUAGUGGCGCUUAAUCGAUCAUUUGCAGAAAAAUGCCAAAACAGGGUUUCAUAAAUCCCCCUUCCUCUGAAUGCUGGUCAUAAUCCCAGGAGGGGGACUCUGCAUAUGAAAGGGGUGGGGAUGCUCGUCGGAAAUUUUGAAUUAAUCCCCUAAAGGAGACCAAUCUGGGCAAGGCCCAAACUUUUUUUGAUCAUGUUAAAACACAGACAAAUGAGAAAACUUGGGUUAUAUGAAUGGAGUAAAUAAAGCGAAUUAAAAAUAUACAUAUCAAAUAUAUGUUUUUAUAUCUUUUUGCGUACAACCCUAAACGAGACCUUCAGGGCUAAAUAUGAUGGCAUUUUGCCCAGAACACCCUAUGUGAGACCAAAAUCUGAAAUUUACACCCCCUAAGCGAGACGACGAGCGUCCCUACCCCUUUUCAUAUUUGGAGUCCACCCCCCGGGGUCAUAAUCCCUUCCCUUCCACAUAAUACCAGUCAUUCUUUUGCUUCCAAUAAAAGAUGGCUCCAAGAGUAUCACAUUUCUAGUUAAAAAAUAAGCUUCUUUAAAGCCCACACAGAUGUAAGCCUCUUGUUUUUAAGUUCUUUUUUUUAUCUACAUUGCAUCUAAUUUGUUUAUGUUGUGUCAAUCUAUUUUUGUCUGAAACAGUAAUCCAAAUGUGCAACAAGCUGCACUGAAGCAAGGUGCAUUACCACUGCUUCUACGCCUUCUGUCCAACCAAGACAACAUGGCUGUGAGGAAGAAGGCCAUGUAUGCACUGUCAUCUCUUAUUAGACUCUUUCCUAUGGCACAAAGAGACUUUCUUAAGUUAAAUGGACUUGAAAUUUUUAAGAUGUUGUUUGAGGAGACUGGGAGCGGAGCUUUAGCUGUCAAAGCAAUCACACUCAUGACAGAUAUUCUUACUGAACAAAUUCAACAUGUGAAAGCAUUGUUAGAGAAACAAGGCAAAGAUACUUCUGGUGACAUCUCUGGCAGGUACUGAAUGUUUUUGUUUGUUUGUUUGUUUAUUCUGACACUUAACUCUUGGAAAUAACAGGUGUAUGAUAGAUAAACAGCCACUUUGUGGACAUGCUACAGCUGUGACACCAAAAUCAUAUUUAUUUCAUUUUAUUUCAUUUAUUUACAGUUAAACACCCAAGAUUAUAGGAAAAGAUGGAUUUUCCUAUUUGCUGUAUUUUAAAGCUGCAAUUUAUGCACCAGGAGUAGCUAAAACAAAAAGCAAAAUUUAUAAACUUACCUAAAUAUAAACUUACACUGUACUGCAAGGAUGUAUAUUUUAUUGCAGGAAUGUAAUUCUAAGUAAUCCUCUAAAACUUAAGUUCCAAGUGACACUUUGCUCACAUUAUUUCAUUUUGUUCCCAGGGUACCUCUUUUAAAAACAAUGGCUGAGAAGGGCUGGUGUCAACUUGUACCCAGUCUUCUGCACACCACAGAGAAUGACACUAGAGAGAAAGUGUUACAAGCUUUACACGUGAUGGUAGAGGGGUGCAAGAGUGAGUUCCAACAGCCUCGAGUACAUGACAGUCUGAACAAACUCAAGUUAGAGUGGCUUAAGGAUGCGAACAGAAAGGAAGGGCAUGAAGACCCAGAAUACGUUACCAUUUUGGCACAACUUGUAACAGACCUCAUAAGCAAGCUUACAUGAAGAAUUUGGCUAGUCAAGCUCGGCCUCGAAACAAGGACAAACUAUAUGUGUGUGGCUUCUGACAAUCAUGAAGCUGAUAGUAGCCUUGAUAAGAUCUCUUGGACGAGGGUACAAGCAGUGCUCGGUGAAGGCCAGAUUUCUUCUUGGCUUGCUACAGUGUUGAAAAUGUUGGCAAUACAGUUUGAAUGAAAUUGAUAGUGGACCUAUCACUUGUUCUUUGCUCAGGAACGUUUCUACAAUCAGCAAGAUCUAUGUUCGUGAAACAUGCACAUGACUAGUGUGAGAGUUGUACUUUGUGGAAGACAGGUGCAUAGUGAAUGAGACAGAGUUGUAUGAGGUGUAAACUUUUGAACCUCAUAAUUUAAAGGAACAUUGCUCUGGUCACGAUAUCCUAACUUUUUUCCAAAAAAAUAAUAAAAUAAAAGUUUAGGCCAUUGCCGAGUUGCCAUAAGUCUCUGUUUCAAAGCGAGGCUUUAAAGUGCGAAGGUGUUGAUAUGAAAAUGAUUUUUUGUUCUCAUGCAAAUAAAACCUAUUUUCACAACAAAGGUUUUGCACUUAACCUCGUUUUAAAAGUGAAUUUCUGGAAAUCGAAAUGGCCUGUUACUGUUAACUCAGUAGUUUGUAUUUUUGCCCACAAAAAGAAUAAAGAAUGAAUAAA